AUGUAAUUCAAUAGUUCAGAUUCUAUGUUUGAAGAUAAAUAUGACAUUGUCACAAUUACUAAAUCGCUAGUGUUUGAGAUUUAAUAUACUGUGGAGCCUUUGAUGUAGCCAUGUGUCUCAUACAAUUAUCUUAUGGAAAAUGGUGUUAUUAAUCAAUAAUGCUAAAGAGAAAUUAGUACAAAAGAUUUUAGAUUUCUUUAUGAAGCCACAAUUUUGGCUAUGAGCUUGCAGCAUCAUUUGGGUAGCAACAAUGAGAAAGUAGUUUCUUAACUUUCAGAUCUUUUGCCUGAUCAAAAGGAGUUUGGUUAUUAAACCAUUAGAAUUAAAAUUGUUGGCACAAAGAAUAGAUUUAAUCUAUUGCUUUUUAUGCUAUUCAAAGAUGAUGAAGUGCAUUGGAUCUUCGAUCAUAAUUAUUGCCCAAUUAAGAAUCCUGCACUCUAGAUUGAGGUAAGCCUAGGAUUUAUGGAAGAGUAUUUGUUCAAGUCUCUACCAUACUAGAAGGAACUCUAAGAAGACCAAAACUCAUUCUAAGGAAGUGAUGGACAACCAUUAGGUAAUAAAAGCAAGCCCUCGUCAGAUGAAGAAAAAAAAUCUUAAGAUGGAGAAAGUCAAGAUUCACAAAAGUCAAAUGUCUUUGAGUAAAAGAAUAUGCUACGCUCUGUGAUGCAGAAGUUUAAGGAGGAUUAAAAUAAAAAAAUUUGA